AUGGCGGAGCCUGAAUCAUUGGCGGGAGGUAUUGAAGCGGCCAGUGUGGGAAGACCCGAGCUACUUCCUGAGCAACCGAACAUGGGGUUUUAUCACGACUACUUUGCUGAGGUUGACUGGGCCGUGCUACGUGAGACCAAGCCGCCGUUCGUCCCAGAACUAGACUCGGAGACGGACGCGGGCUACUUUGAUGACUUCAGCAACGAGGCCGACAUGGCCAAGUACAAGGAGGUUCACGACAAGCAACAGGCGCUCGAGACCAUGGCGGAGCGUGAGGACGAGAUGAGCAAAGGUCUCUUUGUCGGCUUCACCUUCCGCCACCGCAAGCCGGCGACUGACGAGGGCACUCCGCGCAAGCCUAUCCCCUUUGAGGAUAAUACCUUUGGCACUAUGCUGUAG